GGGAGAAGAAGCGAGAAUGUGCGCAGUUUCCCCUGCGUGCAGAACUCGGGGAAUGGAAGCGGACUAGCCGUUGAAAAUCGAGAGCGAUGGAGUAAUGGGAUGAUUUACACGGAACGGUGAUAGUCUUUUUUGGGGUUGAUGGCGUUGUUGAAGGACACACAGUCAGGUGUCGUCGUCCGUCUUGGUCUUGUGUCUUGGUCCCUUUUUGGAUCGUCUGCCGCUUGCUGGGUCACUUUUUUUUUUUCUCUUAGUCGCAGAGACGAUGGAGAGACAAGUAGAAAGAGGGGGAUGACCGAAUCGCUUUUCUGCCGCAGGCACGCAGACAAAAAGAUGCAGAAUGCAGCCAGUAGUCUCGUUCGAAUAUUGGCGCUCGAUAAAAACGGCCUCGAGAAGCGGUCCCUGACUGACGAGCGAGGAAGCUGGGGGGGAGAGAAAGGCGGGAGCGUGUGACGCAACAGGUCCAGACGACGAGCAAGCGGAUUGGCGGUUUCCGACGCAGUAACAAUAUUACCCCUGCUGCAGGAGCCUUGUGGUGCUGAUCUGUAAGAGAGGCC